AUGGGAAUAGGUCCCACCGCUCUUGAUUUCAAUAAUGGAGUCGUUUGCAGACCUGUGGUUCAAUCUGAAUCUAGGAAGGCACAUAUUCACGUAUAUGUUGACGCUAUCGACAUCAAAGAUAAGUCGUUCAUUGAUAGUUUAAAACUCCCUGUAUUGAUAUUCCGGGCUCCAUAUAUAUUCAAUUUUUCCAAUAUUCCAUCGCCUGACCUGUAUUAUGAUUUAUAUGCUGCAAACAAGAAGAUAUUAUAUGGGGAUAUUAUUGAUACAGAAAGGAUUAAAUUUAAGCUAGAACCAUAUGACACAUAUAACAUUGAUCAUGAUAAAAUUUGGAAUGAUUUUAUCACUUUAGACCGUAAGGAUCAAGAAGGGCAUAAGCAUGCUGGUGUGAACUUUACAGUUCCCGAAUCCGGUAUUUAUUGUGUCUAUAUUGCUCCUCCUGAUAAUCAAGGAAUUAUCAAUAUUCGUGUCCCUGUUAAAUUCGAGAAUGAGUAUGGAAAUUUGCCAUACUUGUACUAUAAACAAAAGUAUGAUCUAAAUUGGCCAGUUGCAAUUGGAAUAUUGUUAUUAUUCAAAUUAUCUAGGUAUAUCAGGAAAGUUACAGGUAAAGAUUUCAAGAAUGUGAGUCAAUUAUCAAUGGUUUCCUGGAUCAUUUUGAUUUACAUUUUAAUUCCGUUUAUUGCUAUUGUUAUUUUCCAGAAACUUUGCUUGGAUCUUUCAAAUAUUAUUAGUUGUUCGUCUCUAAAUUCAAUUUUACUUCGAAUCGUAGAACUUAUUGAGGUUUGGUUCUUCACCUGGGUUGGGUUUAUAUUUGCACUUUUCUCAAUUGGUUUAGGGGUGUUUUUCAAUUCUGAACACCUAGAUAGAAUAUUGACUCGAGAAGCAGAAGAUGAAGAAGAACCGAAAAUAUCGAUGCUAGUUUUGUUCUUCCUUGUGAAUUUGAUUGUGGAUUUCCUAGUUGUUAUCAUACAAUCAAGUCCACCUAAAUUUCCAUUUUACCUAGGCCUCGUAACAGAAUUUGAAAAAUCCCGUGGUUCAUGGACAGCUUUAAUGGUCGCCACCUUAGAUUUUAUUUAUUUGUGUUUUAGGGUUGUUUGGUGGAUUUUACCAGCAGGUUAUCUUUUGAAAAUUAAAUUACUAAUUCCCUCUAUCCCACCAUCAAGUAAACUUGACUUUGAUUCCUACCAACAAUCACUGAAAUUGCUAAGACUCACAGUAUGGAUAGUUAUGUUGCUUCCCGUUACAAUUGGACUGUUGUUGUUAGCUUUCGAUAGCUAUAAUAGAUCGACACUAGAAAUGUCCAUACCUAAAUUACCACAACCUGGGUCAGAGUCACGCAAAAUUGUUUAUGAUUUAGCAAUCAAGUUUUGGAAGCAAGAAAUUGACCAGUUGUCGCCUGGAGUGAAUGAUGGCGAUCCUUGGUAUUUUUGGAUAUACAUGAUUGUUUUUGUUAUAACUUUCUUGCUCAUUUGGAUAAAGAAUAAUAAAGGUGUUGCUCUUGGUCAAGACGAUGAUGAUUCUAUUGAAUAUAACGAAUUUAGUGGCAAAUAUAACCAACUGAUCAGACUUUGUGAUUUGUCUUAAUCUUCUUGUAUUAAAGGCUAAUGGAUCAUCUAAAUGGUCAUCAAAGAGCCGCUUACGCUUCACACUCCAAAUCUAGAUGAUUCCAGCAACUGUUGUUUAUUACAACAAUAGAUAUAUAAACAAAGAUAUUUAACCAAUUACAAAUGUAAAAAUAAAAUGUAUAAAUAUAACUCAAAAUAAGAAAACAAGUAAAACGAAAGAACUGAAAAACUUAAUAACGUAGCCUAAAAAAACAAGAACUAAAUUAAUCUCCAAUAAAACCCAAACCAAAAAGAAACAUCUGUCUGUAUUACAAGUGAGCGUGCCAGUGAGGAAAUCUAUAACGUACCUUCGUCUUCAAUUCCCAAAUUAAACCAAGGAUGGUUCAAAGCUUCAAUAGCUUCGAUUCUGUCCUCAGGGUUUAUUAUGAACAAUUUCCUCAACAAAUCAAUAAAGAACCACCAAAAAGUGAAAUUUCCAAAAUUAAUAACACCUUUAUUUUUUUCGUAGUUCGCCGAUAACGAGUAAUCAAAAUCUAUAGCUAGUCCAAUUCUUGAACUUAUGAAUAAAUCUAUGCGAGAUAAUUCUUCGACACUAUUGAUAAACUUUUGUGGGGUGGAACUAGUCGGGAACUUUAACACCAACGAAUUUUGAUAAGUUGAUUCAUGAUCUAAAAUCAAAUCAUCGUCAUCAUCACUACUAUUUUCACUAUCAUCAGACAGGUUUUCACUUCGAUCAUCAUCGUCUAUAAAUUCAUUUGUGAAAUAUUCCAAUCCACACUCAUUCUCCUUCUUCUUGGAAAGUUUCACCAUGCUCUUGUCUAUUCUAUAACCACACACCUUCUCAAUCAUCGCCAAAUGUUCCAAGUUGUCAUGGGUUUUGAAUAAUGGCUCUCCAAUAAUCAACUCAACCAAAAUACACCCAAUUGACCACAUAUCACAAGGAAAUGACCAACCGGUACCCAAGACAAUCUCAGGAGCACGAUAAUGCCUGGUCGAGACUAUCAGGGAAUGAUAUUCAUCAUUAAAUAUAGCACUUCCAAAAUCAAUCACUUGAAUUAAGGGGUCCUUUAGUAUCUUCAGGUAUUUGGGUACUUUCUUUGUGUUUGAAUUGCCCAAUUUCAUAUAAGCUGAUAUUAUGGUGGAGGUUAAUAAAUUCUUCUUGGAAUAAUUAUCAUCAUGCAAUAAUAUAUUCUCGGGCUUUAAGUCAGUAUGGAUUAAGUUCAAGUCGUGUAAGAAGGUAACCGAGCGAAUUAAUUGCUUUGAAAUUGCUUGAAUAUGACUUCCUGGAAAUGGAAUAAACUUGUUAUUUUCCAAGAAAUCAUAUAAUGAAAUCUUCAACAAGUCAGUGACAAUACAAAUAUGACCUCUAUAAUCAAAGCAUUCCCGUAAGUGAAUACAAUGGUUGGCAUUUUUGUUGUCAAACUUCUUCAACGUAGACAAGAUACGUAAUUCAAUCUUGGCAGCAUCUCGGUACUUUUGAAUAUUACGAAUAAUCUUAAUAGCAACAUGUUCACGAUUAACUUUGUCGAAACAUUGGACAACUUUACCAAAAGUUCCUUGUCCUAAUAACUUUAUAAUUAUGAAUCGAUUAGCAAAAGGUUCGUUGAUCU